GUGAAAUGAAAUCUGUCCGCAACUUAGGCGUUAAUUUCACAAUUAUCUGUGGAAUUGCUGGCAUUUUUAAGUGUUAGCAACAUUAAAAGCGCUAAAAGGAAACUCAAAUGAAAUGGACAUGUCCCACACUUCGGUGGACAGGGAGAGGACGAAGUUCAGGCGACGAAUUCACUAUCGGGUUCAGUGAGUGGCUGUCAGUUUGGGAAAACGCAUGGGGGAAUCGUUUUCUCUUUUCUCCCUCAAAAUCCCACCAUUGUGGCCACGGAUGGUAGUUGUAGGCGCGAAAGGGGGCGCAAGAGUGAAGCUACGCUAUGGACUUUGGACAGUCGAUCCUCCAGAAGUACGGCUGGAGCGAGGGUCAGGGCUUGGGAAAGCACAAUUCGGGCAUCGCCAAGCCGUUGAAGGCGAAUCUCAAGUUCGACACGAGUGGCCUGGGCCAUGAUGGGGCCGCUGAGUACAAGGAUCAGUGGUGGGAGAAGGCAUACAACAGCGCAGCGUCCAACUUGGCCGUGCGGACGGACGGCGAGGCCGUGAAGAUGGAACUGCGCGACGGGCAGUCGGUGAAGAUCUCAACGACGGGCUUCGCCAGGCCCCGGGAUCCCAAGUCUUCCAAGUAUGGGAACUUCGUGCGCUGCGCCACUCUCACGUCCGAGGGUCGUGAGGACAGGAUCGAAGAGGAGACGGACACGAGCACGGAUUGCGCACCUCUAGCCAGGCCUCUCACGGACGAUGAGCUCUUCAGGGCGUGCGGCGGGCGCACGGCUCACAAGGGCGCUCGUCACGGUCUUACAUUGUCCGGGAAACUGGCCAGGUUGGCUGAACAGGACAACUUGCUGCUGCACAAAAUGGCAGGCGAGGAUCGAGACGCCACGGAGUCCGAGUGGCAGCGGAAGGUGAACAAGAAGAAGAAACGUCGCCCAAUCGCCGCUCCCACGCCGCAUGGCAGCCCGGAAGCGGUGGCUGAGGAGCAGGAUCUCGUGCAGCACAGCCUGGAGAUGAGUGAAGCGGCAGCGCUGCGCGAAAAGGAGGAUCUGGCGACGAGGCACAGCCUCACCGGCGUGAGCCCCAAGUCGCAUCGCAUCCAGCGGAAGCACAAGAAGAAGCGCAGUGAGCCGGACUUCCGGGAGCAUCUGCUGUCCGAGAUGCGCUCAGACGCCACCGAGGAGCGCCGGUCACGCAAGAAAGGCAAGAGGAGGCGCGAGGCGGACGUAGAGGCGAAUCUGGAGAGCAGCAACUCGGCGGACGCGUUCGCGGAUGAGGGCAGAGGUCACAAGCGCCUCCGUGCUGCAGAUGAGCAUGUGUUCGAGACCAGCACGGGCAUCCAGGUGGAGCUGGACGAUCCGGCCCCCUCGCGCCGCCAGGAGCGACGGUGUCCGACGAAGAAGAGCACCAAGCGGAACAUCCGGCAGAUUACGGACAGAUUCGCGAGGGCGCUCACGACCAGGGAGCCGAGCGACGACGAGGGCAUCGAUCCCUGAUCGUGGAAUUCAUUUAGGGAAAUGCGUUGUUUUCGAGCAACUCUUCUCAAUCCUCCUUCUCCCUCGUUUUCUUUCCGCCUUCUUUUGCGCCACAGCCAAAAGAAAGGAUCACAAGAACACUGUACAGAAUAUAGUUGGGAAGGGAAUUUUUUUUUUCGGAGAAACAUUUAAAUGAUAGCGAUAGAUGAAAUUUACACACAUAAGAGAGAAUUGUAAAAUGAAAGCCUAGAAAUAGCCAAAAUAAUUGUUUUUGCAAUUGAAGGUAAAUAUAAAAUAAAGAAUUUGAAAUAAA